AUGGGGAAACCAAUAGGACCCCAGGUUUAUAACAAAGCUCAGGAAAUGCUAAAGCUUAAAGGAGAAUUGAGAGGUACCCAGCAAAUGAAAGAUGAGGCGGGGGAGAGAGACAGAGAAGUGAGCAGCCUGAACAGCAAGCUCUUGAGCCUGCAAGCUGACAUCAAGAAUCUACACGAUGUCUGCAAGAGACAGGGGAAGACCCUGCAGGAGACUCAGCUCUGUGUGGAGGAGGAGAUGAUGGACAGCGGCCACGAUAAGAAGCAAGUGUCAGCAUUUGAGGAGUCACACAUGGAGUUUGAGCCCAAUAAACAGUGUCAUCUGAGACAACUCCAACAGCUCAAGAAAAAGUUGCUGGCCCUUCAGCAAGAACUGGAGUUUCGCACCGAGGAGCUGCAGACUUCUUACUGUUCCCUCCUGCAGUAUCAGUCCAUCCUGGAGAAGGAGACUUCCGACCUGGUCAUUCUCCACCAUCACUGCAAGAUGAAAGAAGAUGAGGUGAUUCUCUAUGAGGAGGAAACAGGAAAUCAUAAUGAGAACACAGGGGAGAAGCUCCAUUUGGCCCAGGAGCAACUCGCCUUGGCCAGGGACAAAAUCCUCUCCCUAGAAAGGAGCUUAAACCUCUACAGGGAUAAAUACCAGACUUCCCUGAGCAGCAUCGAGUUACUGGAGUGCCGAGUGAAGAUAUUGGAGGGGGAGCUCAGCAGGAUCGUCGGUCAGGAGCCCAAGAGUAAUGGUGAUCAUUCAAAGGUGCAUAUAUACACUUCUCCCUGCAUGAUUCAAGAGCAUCAGGAGACCCUGAAACGACUAUCUGAAGUCUGGCAGAAGGUCUCUGAGCAGGAUGAUCUAAUAAAGGAACUUCGAAAUAAGCUAGCCUGCAGUAACGCUUUGGUUCUGGAGCGUGAAGAGGCUUUGAUAAAAUUACAAGCAGACUUUGCUUCCUAUACAGCCACCCACCGACAUCCCUCUAGCUCCUCAGAAGAUUGUGAAGACAUCAAAAAGAUACUGAAGCACCUGCAGGAGCAGAAAGACAGCCAGUGCUCGCACGUGGAGGAGUACCAGAACCUCGUGAAGGAUUUGCGCACGGAGCUAGAAGCCGUGUCAGAAGAGAAGAAAAGCAUCAUGGAGGACAUGUUGAAGCUGGAGCUGGACCUGCACAGGCUGCGGGAAGAGACAUCUGCCCGCUUGGAGAGGAAGGACAAGGAGGUCGUCAUCCUGCAACGGCGACUGCAGGAGCUGCAGGUGCAGUUCACUGAGACCCAGAAGCUCAGUUUGAAGAAAGACAAGCUCCUCCAGGAGAAAGAUGAGAUGCUGCAGGAGCUAGAGAAGGACCUGGCGCAGGUUAAGAACACCCUCGUAAAAAAGGAGAUGGAGUUGGAGAAGCAGCAAUGCAUGACAAGAGAACUCGAAGUUGCCAUCCAGGAGGACAGACGGGAUAAGUGCAAGGCCGAGUAUGGGCACCUGGGAGCUGAGAUCAAGAAGCUGAAGGACUGUCUCGAAGAUGCCAAACAGCAGCACAGGCUGGCUGCUCAGCAAGCAGCCCAAUAUAAAGAAGAAGCCAUUCUGGCAAAGGGUAACCUGGAGGAUUGCCAUAGGAAACUGCAAAGCUGCAUUUGCCUGGAGAAGCAGAAGGCAGAGACCAUCCAGGAGCUCCGGAGAGAACUUCAGAAGCUGCAGAAGGAUUCCCUAAUGGCAGAGGAGGAACUCGCGCCCAGCAGGAAACGGAUAGAGGAGCUGACAUCAGAAUUAUCUGAGUUCUCCAGAAAGCUUGAAAUUUCAGAGAAGGAAAAGAGGCAGCUUCAGAAGACAGUGACUGAGCAGGAUGUAAAACUGAAUGACCUGCUAGAUCGUAUAAAUCACAUUCAACACCAGAACAGGAAGCAAGCCUCCUCCAAAUGCAGUCUAGAAGAACAGCUUCAGGAGGAAACCAGGUUGCUGGAGGAGAAAAAGGAGCAGCUGAAAAAGAGUAAAGAGCAGGAGAAGCUACUGCAGCAAGAGCUCGAGAUAUUCCGACAGGAAGGAAAAAAGAAAGAAAAGAUGAUAAUCCUUCAGAAGGAGACCAUGGCGAGUCUGCAGAUUCAGCUGGACAAGGCUGCGGCGAAAGAGAAGCAAUACCUCCAGACCACGGUCAGUAAAGAUGUCUAUGAGGAGGUAUGCCGGAAGUCAGCCUCCUGCCAAGACGACCUAACACAGGCCCUGGAUAAGGACUCAGCACAGAGGCCCAAGCGCAAUGACAGCCGUUCUCCCCCCAACCCUUUGUCUUUACCAAAGCUCAGUCAUUCAACCUCAGAGACAAAGAGUCUUCACCAAAUUCUGACACAGGCCCAAGACAGGAAGAUUCAGCUGGAAGAGGAAGUCAUUGCUUACGAGGAGAGGAUGAAAAAGCUGAAUGUGGAGUUAAAAAAACUGCAGGGCUUCCAGCAGCAGAGUGAGCUAGAGGGUCAGGGUGGCAAGCUGGGGUCUCCCUCCUCACUGUGCGCUACCGAGCAGGUGCAGGCCUUCGACAAAAAGCUGGAGGACAUGAGCAACCAGGUGCUGCAGUGGCAGAAGCAGCACCAGCGGGACCUCGAGGUGCUGGCCGCUAAAGAGGAGCAGCUCAGGGCGUUCCGGGAGGAAAUGCGCGCCCUGAAAGAGAGCCUCCUCGCGGACGGGACGGAGCGGUCUGCGCCUAAAGACACCUGCAGGCUGCACCGAGAGAACGAUCAGAUUAUGUCCAACAUGGAGCAAUGGGCAAAAGAGCAGAAGAUCGCCAAUGAGAAACUAGGAAACAAACUCCGUGAACAGGUCAAAUAUAUCACCAAGCUGACUGGUGAAAAGGAGUAA